AAAAGACUCAAUUUAGGCGGACCGUCGCCUAAUUUCCCCCUUCAUCUAAUAUCAUCGGAGCUUGGCGGGGUAGAAAGAAAGAGAAAAAAAAAUAACCUUGUCAUCAUCACCAGAGGCAACCGUUUCCUUUUUUUUCCUCUUCCCUCCAUCCCUCUUUUCUUCAUUUGAUUCUGCUCUUCUCUUAUUUGCUUGCCUGCCUAAUCUUCUAUCUUCUUGACUUUAUGACGUUAUUUCCCUGAGUACAGUAAUCCUCGUCACAUUCCUGCUUACUCAUCAUGAGCACCAUCCAAAACCUCAAGAACUUCAUACGUCAUGGCAAACAGGCUCGCCUGGUGGCGCCCCAUGCGGAGCCCACGACCAACGUCUCUGCCAUCCAUGCCCAGCAGCAUCCUCAGCCUCAGGGUGCCUAUCCUCCCGCCGCUGGGAAUCUCGACGCCCUCGAUAGCCGACUUGGAAAUGGCCAUGCUCAACAACAGCAGCAGCAGCCUACUCAAAAGUCCCCUGAUCACCAGGGCAAGCGGGCGGCGCGCGAAGUAGAAAUCGAAAAGAUCGUCGCCGAGGAAAGACAUAACAGAUCGAAAAUGCCCCGGUAUCCCGGUUUAGAACGCUGGGUGCUCGUGGAGAAGAUGGGUGACGGCGCUUUCAGCAACGUCUAUCGCGCCAAAGACAGUACUGGGGAGUAUGACCAAGUGGCUAUCAAGGUCGUGCGGAAAUUCGAAAUGAAUAGCAAUCAGCGGGCCAACAUUUUGAAAGAGGUUCAAAUUAUGCGACAAAUCGAUCACCCAAAUAUCGUCAAGCUAGUCGAAUUCUCCGAGUCUCGUCAAUAUUACUAUAUUGUUCUAGAACUUUGCCCCGGGGGUGAACUAUUCCACCAGAUUGUGAGGUUAACUUACUUUAGUGAGGAUCUCAGUCGCCAUGUCAUCCUUCAGGUUGCAAAGGCUAUCGAAUAUCUACACGAGACCUCGGGUGUUGUCCAUCGUGAUAUCAAACCAGAAAACCUAUUAUUCUACCCAAUAGACUUUGUUCCGAGCAAAAAUCCUCCGGUCCGCCAGCCAGGGGACGAGGACAAGGUAGACGAAGGCGAGUUUAUCCCUGGCGUUGGGGCUGGCGGUAUUGGCACGAUUAAGAUUGCGGACUUCGGUCUUUCCAAAGUAAUUUGGGAAAACCAGACCAUGACUCCAUGUGGAACCGUGGGGUACACUGCUCCAGAAAUUGUAAAAGACGAGCGGUACUCCAAAGGUGUCGACAUGUGGGCUCUUGGAUGCGUUCUGUACACUCUCCUCUGCGGAUUCCCUCCUUUCUACGAUGAGAGUAUUCAAGUCUUGACUGAGAAGGUGGCUCGUGGACAGUACACAUUUUUGUCUCCUUGGUGGGAUGACAUCUCCAAGCCUGCUCAGGAUCUGGUAUCUCAUCUUUUGACUGUCGACCCUGAUAAGCGAUACACUAUCAAGGAAUUCCUCGCACACCCAUGGAUUCGCCAGACUGACGAUGCUACUGAGGCUGCCGCCGAUGCACCACCUCUGGCGACACCGCUAAUUGCACGCCAGAAAGAAUUGUCUUUGGAUGCCGUUGCGACUGAUGCGCCUGUCAGGUUAGAUCCUCCUUCGGCAGGAUUGGAUCGUCCGUUGGAUUUCCGGUCCCCUGGUGCUAUCAACUUGAGGGAAGUAUUUGAUGUCGGUUAUGCUGUUCACCGACAAGAAGAGGAAGGCAAACGUCGCAAGAACUUCAAGCAAGGGUACCGUGGGUCUAACCCCACAACUGGAUUUCAAACCGCCCUUAAUCCGCUCAACGAAGAUUCCGACGAUGAGGAUGCUGCAGCUCCUGUUCCCGAAUCUGGUAACAACCCUCCAGCCAAGAUCCCUAAAGCUUCGCAGGAAGCAAGUGACGUUGCGGGCAUGGAGGCUAAACUACGAUCUACCAACUUGGGCGCGCAUACCAGCCAUGCUGCUCAGGCAAGGCAGGCACAUAAGCCCCGUGGCUAUGGACAGCACAGCGCUGCGGUGGCGGCAGCAGCUAAACAGAACAUCGCCCGCAGUUCGAAACAGCCGUUUGAACUCAGUUUGGACGGUGCGACUUUGUUGGAAAAGCGAUUAAAACGGCAGCAAAAACAACCGGUUGUCUAAGAUUGCAGUUUCAUAUCACUUGAUGAAUUGAGAGGACAGUACACGAAUUCCUUUAUGACUUGUGGAUUUGAAAUACCUGGGUGGCCGCUUCUUUAUUUCUUGUCUAUAUUAUAUGUUUGGAUGUUUGGGAUUCCGGUCUGGCACGCGUUAUGGUUUUUAUGAUGCGCUGGAAAUAUGCGCUUUGCUUGUUUUGCUUUGUUCUUUAUGCUUAUGCAUCUACGCAUAGGAGAAUAUCUGGGCAGUUAUCAGGGUUACGGUCUGGGAUUUUUUUUUUAAGGAAUUGCAUUUUGCUUGCGUCAGGCUGGUCUGAUUUGCUUGCUUCUAUUCACAUUAUGUCACGUGUAUGUUUGUAGGGGUUGGUACCCAGGCUUGCUUGUAUAUUAUUUAUCAUAAACCUAGAUCAAGUAGAUCGUCUCAUAUACAAAGACAAGUUUGACUUCAAAGCCAA